CGUCACUCUCGGAAUGAAACCAUUUCAGGAUUUGUCGGGCUAAGAACAAAGUUACUCACUUGUUGUACUGUACGGAGUAUAUCUUCUGGUACUCUUCUGGUUCUAUCGAUUUUGUUUUUGUCUAAUAUUCAUUUGACCCACCUGUUUCACCCAAAGAUAUUAGCCGAUAGCCUCGUUCUUUUUCCAGACAGCAGCGCACCUUAACCAACCUGUUUCUAUCCCUUGCUCAACAACGACUCCACAUGAGGGGGGAAUAAACUAAAUUAAAUCAAGCUAGCCAUGAUUGAAGUCGAAGCAAGCGCGAUACCCGAGGUUUUUGAAUCUCGCAAGCGUAAAAUUCUUGCAGAACUCUCCGUUCCCGAUGCAGAGUACACAGACCUCUCGCCCAAGGGGUCUGUCGAUGAGGGUAUUCGGGACCUCAUCGAUGACAUUAAUGCUCACCCAGGCUUGGUUACUACUAGUAGCUGCGCGGGGCGUAUCAGCGUGUUCCUAGAGGGACGGAGGAAGCAAGCGAAGCCGCAGGAGGAGGAGCAAGGGAGACAGUUUGUAGCCUCGGGGGGUAAAGGUGCUGGCAAAUGGCUGUAUGUGUCUCACGACCCUUUGCAAGGCUAUGGGGCACUUUGUGGCAGCAAAAGUCCUGAAAGAAGCGGUCCUCAAGCGAAGUCGUUGCAUGCGUUGUUUGGAAUGGUUCCUGGAGAUGGCAAACCCCCCGGGCUGAACAAACAAGGAAAAGCCCCGCGUCUCGUGCGCUUCCAUUUCGAGCCUCUGAUUCUUCACAUUAUGACAGCAACGCUACAACAUGCUCACCCCGUAUUAUCUGCCGCUUCGAGCUCUGGUUUCCGCGAAAGCGGGCUACAGAGUUUGCGCUGUUUGGAGGGUGAAGAAGGUCCUAGUCCGAUCGUCGCUGUGCGCUCUGCAGGGUUAUCCCUGGAGUCAGUGAUCGGGUACUGUGAAGAUAGUGACGCCGACGAUGCGACAGCAACCGACGAGCCAGUCAUCCGCAGCUUGGUAACAGAGGAGUAUUUGCAGAUGUUGGUUGCAAUCUCAAAUGAAAGGUUCGCAAUCAAUACAGAACGGAAAACAAGAUUCCGGGAGAGUUUGUUGGAUUUAUACUCUGCGAAUCGAGGGCCAAAGACGAACAAGAAGACCAAACCUCCGGGAUGGGAGGAUGCCCAGACACGACGAGAGAGGAUGAGAGCUGAGGGGCUGAUGAGAAAGAAACUUCUCCAGGACCAGGCGAAAGACAACGAAGUUCCAGAUACGUUGGAAACUACUAAGGAACCGUGACCAGAUGGAAUCAUAGACACAGAAAUACCACUAGAUUCA